CCAACCAACCAAAAACUGAAAGCAAACAAAACAAACAACUCUCUCCGAAGAAAAGAAAAGAAAAGAAAAAAAGGGUCGUUCCGUAUGAUCGAGCGGCGCACGAUCGUGUCGCUGAUCGAAUCAUGCGGGAGCAUGAGGCAGCUGAAGCAGCUGCACGCGCUCGCCGUCGUCUCCGGCCUCGCCCGCGACGUCGUCCCCCUGAGCCGCCUCGUCGAAUUCUGCGCCGACCCCGCCAGGGGUGCCGACCUCGCCUACGCUCGCGCCCUCCUCCUCCACCUCGGCCGCGCCCCCACCACCCACAUGCACAACUCCCUCGUCCGCGCCCUCUCCCUCGGCCCCGACCCCGCCGCCGCGCUCUCCGCCUACCGCGACAUGCUCCGCUCCUCCCUCGCCCCCGACCAUUUCACCUUCCCCUUCGCCCUCAAGGCCUGCGCCCGCGCCCCCGCCCCCGCCUUCGGCCGCUGCGUCCACGCCCGCGUCGUCGCCACCGGCUUCGGCGCCGACGUCUACGUCGCCACCGCCUUGGUCCACACGUACGUCUCCUGCGGCGACGCGGCCUCCGCGCGGCGCCUCUUCGACGCCGCGCCGAACCGGAACGUCGUCACGUGGACCACCAUGAUCGCGGGCUACGUGGACAACGGUCGGCCGAGCGACGCGGUGAGCUUGUUCAGGGAAAUGGUAGAGGCCGCCCAGGUGGAGCCGAACGAGAUCACGAUGGUGCACGCUCUCGCGGCCUGCGCUCAAUCCAGGGACUUAGAUAGCGGGAGGUGGGUUCACGACACCAUCGCACAUUUGGAAUUCGACCCAGUUGGAUCGAACGUCGUUCUCGCCACCGUCCUGCUGGAUAUGUACGCAAAGUGUGGCAAUCUCAGCACCGCACGGGUCCUGUUCGACAGAAUGCCUCAGAGAAAUGAGGUGUCUUGGAAUGCGUUGAUCGGAGUCUACAACCAACACGGCCAGACCGACGACGUCCUACGGUUGUUUGGCGAAAUGCGCAGCACGGGUUGCAAGCCAGAUAAUGUGACUUGGCUGGGGGUGUUGGGGGCCUGCGCGAAUAAAGGGUUGAUGGCUUUAGGCCAAGGAGUCCAUGCAUAUCUAGAGAAGACUAACAGCCGUAAGGAUGUGAAUGUUUGCACUUCUCUGAUGGAUAUGUAUUCCAAGACUGGGGACGCCUGCAGUGCCCUUCGGAUCUUUCAUACUUUAAAUGGAAGGGAUGUGUUGGCGUGGACGAGCAUGAUCAUAGGAUUGGCCAAGCAUGGCCAUGGUAAAGAUGCACUGAAACUCUUUAAGGAAAUGGAGGAGGGCGGAGUCGUUCCUGACCAUAUUACUUUCAUCGGAGUACUAACGGCAUGCAGCCAUGCUGGAAUGGUCGAAGAGGGUCAGAUGUACUUCAAUUCGAUGAGGAGUGUGUAUGGUAUUAAGCCCACGGUCAAACACUAUGGGUGUGUAGUCGAUCUCUUGAGUCGAGCAGGCCACUUAGCGGAGGCCGAGAGUUUAGUGAGAGCGAUGCCGAUUAGGCCCAGCAUUAUGAUCUGGGGAAGUAUAUUGACUGGUUGUGAGAUCUAUGGCGAGGUUGGAAUGGCGGAAAGGAUAGGGCAAAGUGUAGCUGAGUUGAAUCCUCAGUGUAGUGGAUUGUAUGUGCUUCUUUCGAAUAUAUAUGCGGGAGCAGGGAGGUGGCACGGAGUUGAAAUGACGAGGAGAUUGAUGUGGCAGAAAGGAUUGAAGAAAACUCAUGGGUCUAGUUCUACUGAAGUGAAAGCAUAGUUACUAAAUGGAAGAACAGAGUGGAGAGUGAAGAGAAGAUAAACAAAUGAAAGAGGCUGGGUCUUAAGUGUAUUCCGAUCCUAGUACCCUUAUCUUUGUGGUUGCCAUCAUCCCCAUCUUCUGCUUACCAAAAUUAAGAUGUUCGAAAAGAUGAGGGGCUCAUUCAAAGGUACUUAAUAUCUUGCAAUCACUCACCAUUAAUUUAUGGUUUCAAAAAAAAAAUGAUUCUGUUCUCACCUUUUUUUUUCAUAAAUACUGGUAACGAAACUGGAGGAAAGGGCGCAAAGAAAGGUCCUUUCAUAUCAUGCAUAGCCCUAGUCAGAAGUUUUCUCAAUAAUGUUCUCAGUUUAUGCUUUACGCUGCUGUUUCUUCUCUCUUUUCAACUUGUGGAUGAUUUUGAUUCGUUUUGAGCAUUAUCCUGACAUACACAUCGUAGCAUCAAGGAUAACGGAAUAUUGGAGUUCUAAGGCCCGCAAAGAUGCUCUAUAUGUAUUUUUGCGAUAUUUACUGGCAUCUAAAGGAGAUCGUUAAUGCUCCUUCACUUUGCUGAUAUCCACAGUAAGGUAAGUAUAGCAAUUGUAUAGAAGCAUCACCUCCUUUAUUAGUCCACACUAGAAAUAAAAUUGAAGUCGAUUUGUAUUGUUGGACAUAACUGAAAAAUCUUUUAAGAAUAAAUCUUCAAUGGAGGAAUGUCGUUUUCGCCAAAGAAGAUGAGACGGCCAAUUUAUAUUUUCACCAAAAAAGAAUGAAUGGUAAAGUAUGGAUCCGUGGUAGUAGUUUUUGUUGUUCAUGAUCUCUUUUUUGGAACAACAGGAAUUUCACAUUUGUCAUUUUGAAUAAAAUGAACUCUCAUGGCACUUGAGAACUUUGAUGUUUAUGGCAAGCAUCUAGAUUGUCUGAGAACGUAUUAUAAUAAAGACUUGUUCAUUUGGCCAUCGUCUGUUGCAAUAACAAGAAGUUAAUUUUUAUCCCUCUGAUUUUAUAGAUAUAAUAUGUCAAUUCUCAUGAAGUGGCCAUUCAGCUUCUUUUGUUUGUUUUUUAGAAUGGUUUUAGUUUUAUGUUCCAUUUUUCUUUUAAGAGAUUGGGCAAAAUAGAAUGGCAUGUUUCUUGUGAAAGAAUAUAGCUUCAGUAUUGAUGUUACCCUGGUCUUUUCUUUUUAUUAGAAUAACUAAUGAUGUUGACGAUCCAGGUAUUGGUGAAAUGAAGGAUGAUACAAGCUCUUGUAAUUUUUUUUUACACCUUUCACAUGCAAUCGGUUUCCGAAGGCAACAAAAAAGAAAACAAAAGGGAGUUAAAAGCUAUCUGUAAAGGAAAUCUCAACAACCAAAGCAAUGGAGUGGCAAGACCAGAAUCACUCCUGGUAGUUCUAUCUUUAUGUAUAAAAAGUAUAGCUGCCGAUCAACUCCAGUAUGCCGCCAACGAGAAGCAGAGAGAAGAGGUCUACUACAGAAAUGAAGAACAAGUUUGUGAAAAGCCAUUGAUAGGCGUUAGCACUCGUCCAACACCGCCGUGGAAGAGCAGCGGCAGCAUUGUUGCAGUGAUGAGGCAGGUCCAUGGAUGCAGGCGAGGGGCUGUGAUGUUGACAGUCGGACAAGGUGGCAGAGGAGUGGCGCUUUCAAUCACUGCCUCUAUUUUGUGUGAUCAAACGUUAACCCCCGGUUUGUGUUCUUUUGCCGUGUGACCAAAUCCUCCUUUCUAAAGGAAGUAAUAGAACCAGGAAAUGAAUCACAUCGAUAAUGUGCCAAAGAAAGUAUGAGAAUCAAGAAACAAAUCAACUAUUUUCCUUUGUUGAAAACUCUAUUGUUCCAACAGUGUCACUGUGAUUGCUAUCGAUUGAUUCUUAAUAUAUUCGGGCCCAAGCCAA